CUUCUCCUGGUCUACUGUGGAAUUACAGCUGUGGCUGGUUGAUGCUGCUGUGAUCUCACAGUUGCUGUGCAGUCAACCGCAAGAGAUGGAUGUGUUUUUAAUGAUCCGACGUCACAAGACGACCAUCUUCACAGAUGCCAAAGAAUCUACCACAGUCUAUGAACUAAAGCGUAUUGUGGAAGGCAUUUUAAAGAGGGCUCCUGAAGAUCAAAGACUUUAUAAGGACGAUGUGUUGCUUAAUGACAGUCAAACUCUUGGAAAUUGUGGCUUCACAAAUCAAACAGCCCGACCACAGGCCCCAGCCACAGUGGGAUUAGCUUUUCGUCUCAGUGAUGAUUCAUUUGAGCAGCUGAGGAACGAGCCCUUCUCCACUCCCCCAGAGCUUCCUGACGUCAUGAAGCCUCAGGAUUCAGGGAGUGCAGCCAAUGAGCAGACUGUACAGUGAGGGAAGAGACAGAGAAACGAGAGGAACAUGAGGGGGUUGGAGGGAGGACACACAGGGUGUGAGGGAGGGGUUGAAUUAUGGGAAGUGAUGCCUCAGUGGUUGAAGUUUUCAGGAGUCAACUGAAGAUCUUCAGCUGGGCGUUAACAAUUACAAACAGAUUCCCCUUGCAAAUUUCAAAGUGGGUAAUUUGUAUUGACAUUGAUUAGUGCAUUUUAAAUUUAUAAUUUCACACAAGACCCUUCAGAGAUACCUGACGGACUUGUCACAACACUGUCAGUCAUCCACGGGACUGGUAGAGGAAGAAUUGUACCUCUUUUAUUUAAUGAAUUUUAGUCUUUGGAGUAGGGUUAAUGCUGCCUUACUUGUGGUCUUUAUUUUGCUGGCUUAAAUGUCAGAACUGACAAAGUGUGAAAUUUUUAGGCUUUUGUGUUUGUGUGUUUUCAUUAUUAAACUAUAACCAGGAUUAACAUUGUUUUUCUUUUUUCUUUCCUUUUGUCUUUGACCUGGAUAUGUGUUGAACAGUAGCUAAGAGUUUAUUGAUUUCUAAGUUACCAUCUGUAUUAGGGAACUUUUGAACAAAAAACUAAAUAAACAUUGAUUCACUUGCUGGUAAAUGAUCCAACAUUAAGGUGAAGAAUGUCUUGGUACUUUCAAAGAUGAGUGAAUAUUUUCAUUAAAUAGCUGUCCCCAGCAGCCACAGAAAAUUAACAGUCAGAAGUAUGGACUGAUUCAUUUUUGUUUGUUAGGUUUGUAGCCCUUGAAAUCCGAGAGAUGGUGACUUUUGAUCAGUGGCCUCAGUUGCCUAAAAUAAGAAUGAACCAGUUUUAAAGGGGCAGCAUGUCAUGAUAAAGGUGACUUGAAGCUGCUUGCAGUGGGCUCCACAUUUGACUCUUUACUCCAUAAUCACCACCAAUUAUUUCAUGCUGGCAUUUUUGUAUUGUACAUGAUAAAUACCCUUUUUUUCCCCCUCCCCAACAUUUAAAGUUUAAUAAGAUGCAACCUCUUCUGCACAUUAAAACUUAAAAUUAAAGUGUAACACUGGGUUUUAAGCUUUAGAAAAUUCAUUUUUUUAAAAAGAAGAAACAACAACUCCUGUAUUUGCCACUGGAAAAUGAUAUUCUGAGCUGGCGAUGUUGAAUAAAAUUGUUUAACGUUGCAUUAAAGACAUGUUUGCGAAAUAUGGCUGUUAAACAGUGGGACAAACAGAGUUGCACUUGUAACUGAAUUAACAUUAAAAGUGUUGUUUUUCA